AUGGACACAUCGAAUAUGAACUCAUUUAUGCAAUAUUCAGUUAGUAAUCGAUCCUAUUGUAGACCUAAAUCUGGAUACCAUCAGCAUUUGCAUCAUCAUCCUUUGGAUCAGCAUCAAGAUUUCCAGCUGACCAACGACAGCAUCCACUCGGACCAAUCCGCUCCUCAAGAUCCCAUCACCGUGUCAAGAAGUUCCAGGCUGUGUUAUAAUGAACGCUUGAGUGCUGACAGCGGAGGACCGAGUGAGACGACAGAACCGGCCCAGCAUCAUGAACAACCUCAUCAUGAGCAUCAACACACGCAUAAUGGCUACUAUCAUCAACUUCUCAACACACAAAGCGGAUUAUUGUCUUCCUACCAUAACGGAAGUACUGUCAAUAACGGGGCCUAUUUGGAGCAGGCCUGCACCACAAACACUGACUAUACGACAAGCCCUGCCAACACCAUCCAUCCUCAAUAUUUCCUGGAUGAGCCAGUAACAUCUACCUAUUAUCAUCAAUCAACAUUUGCUACCUCGACCCCCACCGGUGGUCCAAGCUAUGGAACCCUGACUACAGCUUAUUGUGGGCCUCAAGGCGCCCUCGUCGGUUCCCAUUACCCAUCUCAGGUUAGCUCGAGUCUGGACGCGGUGGACUACCUGCACGGGGGAGGAUAUGGAGAGGUACCCAUCUCCCUGGAGCGAAAGAGGGAGGACGAGGAGAAUCAGCCAGUCGGACAGGGACAAACAUUUGAUUGGAUGAAGGUGAAGAGGAAUCCACCUAAAACAGUUAAAGUGGCUGACUUCGGCCUGGCUGGUGCAAACAACACCAUGCGCACCAACUUUACCACACGGCAGCUCACAGAAUUGGAGAAGGAGUUCCACUUCAGCAAAUAUCUGACCCGAGCACGGCGAGUUGAAAUCGCUGCCACUCUCGAGCUUAAUGAAACCCAGGUGAAGAUUUGGUUCCAGAACAGGCGCAUGAAGCAGAAAAAGCGCGAGAAGGAAGGCACGUCCACGCCGGUGCGCCCGUCGUCCUCUUCGGGUUCGUUGAACACUGGCGGUGGUUUCAACAAGGAACUGGAGGAAACGGACCGCUCCUCUGCAUCCACGUCACCAGACGCAUCUCCCGACUCGGAGUAGAUAUCCAAAGUUGUUGAGCCUAGAUCUGUGAAAUGAAAUAAUGCCUUGGCUUUGAUUCAUGUGUGCGACACCUCUUUCAACAUUUCUAUCCAAAUUAUAAAGUUUGCAAAUUAUAGAGGGUGCGAUCAAACACUCCGUAUUUUAAUUUAAAUG